AUGCAUUUUUCUUUCAACAGAAAACUUUUCUUUACUGACUAUGGAGACGUUCCCAAAGUAGAGAGAUGUGACAUGGAUGGGAUGAACAGAACAAGGAUAGUUUAUUCUAAGGCAGAGCAGCCAGCCGCCCUGGCAUUGGACCUCAUCAACAGAUUGGUUUAUUGGGUAGAUCUCUACUUGGACUAUGUGGGAGUAGUAGACUACCAAGGAAAAAACAGGCAUACUCUUGUUCAAGGCAGACAAGUUAAACAUCUUUAUGGCAUAACUGUGUUUGAAGAUUAUUUAUAUGCAACUAGUUCUGAUAACUUUAAUAUCAUGCGAAUAAACAGAUUUAAUGGAACCGAUAUUCACUCAAUAUUUAAAAUGGAAAGUGCUCAAGGAAUCCGAACCUAUCAGAAAAGAACUCAGCCAACAGUCAGAAGCCAUGCCUGUGAAUUGGAUGCAUAUGGACUGCCAGGGGGCUGUUCACACAUCUGUCUGUUCAGUAGCAGUUAUAAGACAAGGACCUGUCGCUGCAGGACUGGCUUCAACUUGGGGAGUGAUGGCAGGUCAUGCAAAAGGCCAAAGAAUGAAUUGUUCCUCUUUUAUGGGAAAGGACGCCCAGGAAUUGUUAGAGGAAUGGACCUGAAUACCAAGAUAGCUGAUGAAUGCAUGAUCCCCAUAGAAAAUCUGGUAAACCCUCGUGCUUUAGAUUUUCAUGCAGAAACUAAUUAUAUCUACUUUGCUGACACCACCAGUUUCCUAAUUGGCCGGCAGAAGAUAGAUGGCACAGAGCGAGAAACCAUCCUGAAAGAUGAUUUGGAUAAUGUAGAAGGCAUUGCAGUAGACUGGAUUGGAAAUAACCUUUACUGGACAAAUGAUGGUCAAAGAAAAACCAUUAAUGUGGCCAGGCUGGAAAAGGCUUCUCAGAGCCGGAAAACCCUUCUGGAGGGAGAAAUGUCCCAUCCCAGAGGAAUAGUGGUGGAUCCAGUCAAUGGUUGGAUGUAUUGGACAGACUGGGAGGAAGAUAAAAUAGAUGACAGCGUGGGAAGGAUUGAGAAGGCUUGGAUGGAUGGCUUCAAUCGACAGAUUUUUGUGACUUCAAAGAUGCUGUGGCCAAACGGCUUAACGCUGGACUUUCGCACCAACACAUUAUAUUGGUGUGAUGCCUACUACGAUCAUAUUGAAAAAGUAUUUUUGAAUGGAACUCACAGAAAGAUUGUUUACAGUGGGAAAGAAUUGAAUCAUCCUUUUGGAUUAUCACAUCAUGGGAAUUAUGUGUUCUGGACAGAUUACAUGAAUGGUUCCAUUUUUCAACUAGAUUUGAUAACCAGUGAUGUGACAUUGCUGAGGCAUGAAAGAGCACCCCUGUUUGGGCUUCAGAUUUAUGAUCCACGAAAGCAACAAGGUAUUAAAAUAUCAAAACUAUUUUCAACAUUUCACAUGUAGUAAGACUUCACUAUAGUAACACAAAGUUUUGUUUGACAAUGUUGGUGGUUUUAUAAAAACUUGCCAGCUCACUGUAAGUCACUCAAAUCUUAGAGCUUGUUACCAUAAAAAUACAUUUCUUGUUCAUAUGUAGCCUGAGUGAGGAAACCAGGCAAUUCUGCUC